AUGAUGAGUGAUGGAAAGGACGUGCCUAAAGAUGGGCGAAAUCAUCAUCCGGUUGAAGAGGGUAUGAUGGUUGUGGAAGCAGAAGGAGAGAUGCACGAUGAUCACUGGGUAUUAGAUGAUCGCAUGAAGCGAAUGAUUAUGGACUUGCAAAGACAUUGGCUUACAGAUUAUCAGCAGUCUAGAGAGAAGUUAUUGGUUGAAAUGACUGAACGGCUUCAUCAGGAAUUUCUUUCUGAUCAGCAGAAGAUUAGGACCGAACUUCUGACGCAGUUCAAAGACGAACUAGAUACUACGAGAGCUGAAUUGGAGGAGAAGUAUCGCGAAUCUUUGAAAGUUGAGUUGGGUAAAAUGGCUGAAAAACAUAGAAAAGAAAUAUCAAGUAUCAAAAAGAAACAAUGGUGUUGGCAAUGCGAAGCAGAAGCGAUUUAUCACUGCUGUUGGAACACAGCGUAUUGCAGUGUAGAAUGCCAGCAGAGCCACUGGGCGACUCAUCGGAAGUUUUGUCGACGUAAGAAACAGAAUGCCAGUACUCAUCAACAGCAACAACAACAACAGCAAAAAAAUAACAAUUAG